UUGUGCUGACCAUCCAGAGAUUGCGCCUGAAAGGGAUGUAAACAUCCAAAACAUUCACAGCAUUCACAGUGGCUACAAUUGUUGAGAUCAAAAUUUGUUUAUUUAUUAGAUCAAUGCAACACGAGGAAACCCCAAAUAAGAAGCCUAUUCGACUUGGACUGACUCGCUCCAUUAAAAGACUGAAUCAAGAAGAAAAUAAUGAGAACAGUCAAAAAAUUUGUUCUGCCUCUUCAAACGAAGAAUGUUCAACCCCGAAGAGAAUAUUGACACCGAAAAAAUUACGCCCAAUAAAAGGCACAUGUUCCGUCGAAGAUUCUGAUGACGAAGAAGAAUCGUCUCAAUGUUAUUCACCGGCGACACCAAUUUUUAAUAAGUCUACCUCGAAGAGAACCCGUCUAUCCCUGAGCGUAGGGUGGAAAAAUAAAGUUACCCAACGAAAACAAUCUGAAUUGAAACGCCGACAGCUAACAAACGAAGAUGAGUUCAACUCUCUGUCUCGCGAAUAUGAGGAAGAAGAGCCAGCUUCCGAUAGAGAUGACAACAAAACGAAGCAAAAAAUAGCUGAACUAAAGCAGAGUAUUGAUAUCUGGCGAGAAGGCUGUAUCCAAGCUUUGCGCGAUUUACAGGAGAGACAAGGCAUCGACGAUAUGGAAGUGCUCCUAGACAUGUUACAAAUACCACAUAAUAUUGUUAGCUAUGACAGUGCUAGCCAAGCCUUCUUGUACCCAGAACCGGAUUAAAAUCAAAGUAUGAACGGGUUCCAUAAAUCAGUAACAAGCAACCAAUGUUAUAUAAUUAUAUUAAUAUAAUAUAUUUCAAUAUUCAAUAUUUGUGCGGUCUCGAUGGUUUCUCGGGAUCAAACAGCUUCGGGUCAUUGAGGAACUGAACCGCUUUAUGAUAAGUCGCCAUGAGACCAGCGUUUUGGGCUUUAAUUAUUUCCCUUUCAACUUGUUCUUGGCGUGCUUUACAUAAACCGGUGAUGUGUUUCCCGUAAAUACGCCCUGUAUAGGGACUUUGAAAUUGCGACAUGAGCUGCACGUUUUUAUAGUCGGGAACAAUGUUGUGUCUGCACAGAAUACAUUUGAUUUGUUCCUUCGCAUAAGGAUUUUUAUCCAGCUCGAUUGGUGCAUCCGGAUCGGCUGCGGCUGUGUAUUUCCUGUGUCCGUAACUUACAAGUACCCGACCGGCAGUUUUGUUUAUGUAACCUGUAACAAAUACGGGACAAUAACUUGCGAUUCUAGUUUGCUUGCAUUCUUACCAUUUUUCAGAAAAUUUGAAGUAAUUCGUAGAAGCAUAUCUUUAUAUUCUAUAAAUGGGAAUUACAAUAGAAUUUUUAUUAGUACUAUUUUUAAAACUUAUGUGCAAUUGAAUGUGUCCAAAACUUUCGUUCCCCACGAUUAGAGACCAAAACAAUAAUAGUUUAGCUGUCGAAAGGUUGCCAAGAACUGUCAUUUUAUGAUUAUAAGGAAAAUUCUGGGAAAAACAGCAAUUGUAGGGUUCUGUCACGGGUAGAACAAGGCCGCAUAUUUUACGUUUCAUUUAUUCCCAAUGAUACUACAUCUCAUUAACCCUUUAAGGUAAGGUGGAAGCUAGCCAUUGUAGUAGUAUAGGUAAACCCACGGGUAAAAUGGGGUAAUAGUGUUUGUGAGAGAAGAGCGACGCACAUGUAAAUAAAUCAAUUCACUUAUCAGACUGUGUGGCGCUUCAUUGACACUGACAAUACUGAUUAUACGCGAGCGUAACAUGAGCAAAUUUAUAACACAUGCGAAUUGGGCCUCUUUUGAUAUUAACAAGUUCUUCCGCAUGCUGAUAAUUCCUUCAUAUUUUCCUUCGUUGGUCGUAUUGUUUUCACAUAUUCACGUUGGAGAGCCUUAACUCUUCUCUUCGUUGGCCGAGACAUUUUGAUUGAAUGUAGUACUUUUCCGUUUAUUGUUUUUGAAAGCAUAGGCAGCCGUGGCAGUGUUCCGAGCUCUGCAAUACAAUUUUCUUACCCAAUGUUGAAGUUGCUAAAACUUACAUUAUAGACCCAUUAAACAUAAAAAUAAUGAUUGUAUUGAUAUCAACACAAUUUUAUUCUAUUGAUUUUCAUGAUAUGAAACGCUAUGACUCAGGAAUAACAUUUUAUUGAGUGGUUUUGAUAGAUGUUUCGAUGAUGUUGUCUGGCAUCAGUGUCGAAAAAAUAACGAUGCUUUCACCAAUACAAACAAAACCAUUGUCGAAGAUUGAAAAAUGAAAAUUUAACUUUCAGAGCACUUGCUCGAGUUUUCCGACGUUGUUCACUAUACAGUG